AGAAUUUGGAGAAAUAAAAGUAACGAAGAGAUGUUUUCGAGUUCUUAUGUAAAGAGAGAAAUUAUUAAAUGUGAACUUUUGGUUAAAAAACGAUGAAAUAAACGAAAUCGAAUCUCAAGAAGAAUUUUCUUUUUUUUGAAAUGUUCAAUAUAUGGAAUUUGAAAAAAACUUACUGUAAAACUUAUCAUAAUCCCGAUAAGUCGUUUAUCUAAUCAAAAUGAUCCCACUUGUUCGUUUGGAACAAGCGGCUAAAUAUUAUCAGAAAGAAACGUAAUUCGUGGAUAUAUACACAAAAUUCUUUUUUCAAGGUAUGAUAAAUUAAAUAAACAUGAGGAUCACAUCGUGUUACUUUAGAAGGUUCAUAAUAAUUGCAUUGAUAAUUGCAGUCAUAUUUUGUAUUGGGCAAGUACUUAGAUCUGAAUUAGGAUAUAACGAUGACUUGUCAAAUUAUGACAAACUUGUACAUAUGUCCCAAUUGAUAAAAGAAUCGGUUGAACAAGAUACUUUGUACGUAGGAGAUGGAAUUCCAGCAUGUAAGCUACCAGAAUUGAAAGUUUCCAACCCAGAGAUAAUGAAAUUUAUACAUAAUGUACCUCCCAUAGUUUGUACUCCCAAAGAUUGGGUAAAAGUUGAUAAAACGAGGCUCAUAGUCGAUAAGGAAAUACAAAAUAAGUAUGGACGAUUGAUGUGCUCAUUUAGUGAAAUAAUCAGGAUAGAUGAUAACAGUAUUAAGUACUCGGAAUCAAUAGAAGCUGAUGAUUUCUAUAUUCCCAGACAUAGCGAUUUUGUAGACGUAAAAUGUACUUCUGAGAAUGGAAAAAAAUGGCAUAGCAUCCUAGCUGGAGUGAAACAAGAUUCGGAAAUAAAAAAGAAGUAUACUUGGGAUAAUGUUCCAAAUACUGCACUCAAACUAAACGUAUUAAUGUUUGGUUUUGAUUCUUUAUCUCGUAAUACGUUUAUCCGGAAAUUGCCUAAAACAUAUCAGUAUCUGAAGAAAAAUUUGAAUACUUUAGUUUUGGAAGGGUAUAAUAUAGUAGGUGAUGGUACUCCACAAGCUCUGAUUCCUAUUCUUACGGGCAAAAUAGAACUUGAAUUGCCAGAGACACGUAAACGUAUGGGACAGAAAGCACAGUAUGUUAAUGUAUAUCCAAUGGUGUGGAAAGAAUAUAAAGAAAAGGGAUAUAUAACAGGAUUUAUGGAAGAUGUUUAUCGUAUUGGAACAUUCACUUAUCGUUUGAAAGGUUUUAAAGAACAACCCACAAAUCAUUACAUGAGAACAUUUUACUUAGCUGCUGAGCAAUAUUUUCGUAAUUACAAUAAGUAUUGUAUGGGAAGUAUUCCACGCCACGUGGUUAUGCUAAAUUACAUAAAAUCUAUUUUUGACACUUACAAAGACGAGCCUAAAUUUGUAUUUGGUUUUCACGGAGAAUUAUCUCAUGAUUCUUAUAAUGAUAUUGGUGCUGCGGAUGAAGAUGUAUAUCAUUGGGUAAAGCAAUUGCAAGAUUCUGGUCACUUAAAUAAUACUGUUUUAAUAUUAAUGAGCGAUCAUGGACAUAGAUUUGCAGAAAUUCGUAAUACUUUGCAAGGUAAACAAGAAGAACGAUUACCGUUCUUUUCUUUCACUUUCCCACCAUGGUUCAAACAAGUCUAUCCACGUGCCUAUGAAAAUUUCUUACAUAACACAAAGCAUUUAACAACACCGUUUGAUGUACAUAAAACAUUACAAACCAUAAUCAAUUUUGAGACUCCAAAAGAAGGAGAUCGUUAUCAAAGGGCCAUUAGUUUAUUUGAUAAGAUCCCCUUGGAGAGAACAUGCGCGGAUGCAUUCAUAGAACCACAUUGGUGUGCUUGCCUUAGUUGGAAAGAAAUACCAGUUGAUAAUCCUAAUGUGAUUGCUGCUGCUAAGUAUUUUGUUCAGUUCCUUAAUUCCUACACGGAAGAUCAUCGUGAUAUAUGCGAAACCUUACAAUUGAAUCAAAUAUUAUGGUCUGUUAAACUUUUACCCACUAAAGGUUUAUUGAAUUUUCAAAAAUCUGGAGAUCAAGAUGGCUUUAUAGCAGAUCUUACUGCAAAAACUAAGUUAACAACCGAAAUAUAUCAAAUAAAAGUAAAAACAGAACCAGGUGGUGGAUUAUUUGAAGCGAGUAUUACUUAUAACGUUAAAAAGAAUCUUUUUAAUACCAAAAUUACUGAUGUCAGUAGAAUUAACAAAUAUGGGUCACAAGCUAGGUGCGUGGAAAAUUCACUAUUCCAUUUACGCAAAUAUUGUUAUUGUAAAGAUUAGGUAUCUAAUAGAUUGUAAGUACACUAACAAGGACCAUUACGUUCAAAAUUUUCUGUAUAAUUAAUAUGUAGAUCAUAAUCGAACAAUAUUUUUUGCGUACAAUAUUAUAUUUACAAAGAUAAUCUACUUGCCAGGUCUUUUUUGACGAUUUUUAUUAAAUAUUUCAUAUUUUCUAUUACGUGUAGUUCUUUUAGUAUACGAUUGAAUUAUAAUGAUCAAAAUUAUGUUUAUUCCUUAUAUAUUAUCAAUAGAAUCACUUGUGGAAAAAUAUUAUUUCAUUAAAAUUUAGAUAUUUUAUGAAGAAAAGAAAUAAAAGUUCACAUAUGAAACACAAACUAAAGAUUCGUAUAUAUAAACUAGAUUAUUAAAUAUUUUUUCUAUAAGUUUUCGAAAUAGAAAUAUUAUAAUUAUUAAUAAAUGUGCCAUGAAAAUUAUUGUAUGAUAAACAAUAUUAACAAAACGCAUAAAAUAUGAUACAAAUUCGAUAAUUCAAUUAAAAAACAAGAGAGUGCUAUAUCUUAUAUACUAUAAAAUUUCCUUUAUGCAUAUUUAUUUAUUUCUUUAAAGAUACAACUAAUUGUAAUAAAUUAUUUUUUUUAUUUAGUAAUAGAGUAAAUUAGUAAUAAAUAAUUAUUAUUUUUACUCGCGAAUAUAUAAUACUAAUAAUUCCAAGUUGUAAUAGUUCGUAGUAUGAUUAUAACUAAAGCGCCAAUUAAAAAUAUAUGUACGCAUUUGAUAAACAAUUAUAAGAUAAACGUAUAAUUAAAAAUGAAGAAUGAGAAUAAGUAAUUACAAUAUCAAUCAGAGUAUCCACUAAACUGAUGUAGAAACGUUGUAACUUCACGUAGAUUUCCAUCAAUCAGUAGAAAUCCAAUAUUCUGUACAUUACAAGAAGUAUUACUUGGAAAAUAUUCUUGAUUCUUAUUAUCUUUAGCUAUAACUUUUAAAACUGUUGUACUGAUGGAUAAUUCCUCUGAAUUUUUUCGUUUUUGUACUCUGAAAUAAUGAAUUAUUUUGAUCUAUGGCAUAAGAGUGUUUAAAACAAAUUAAUGAACAACAAAAAUUGUGAACCUUAUGAGAUCUUUAUACAUCCGUUUUGUAGUAUUAAGAUAUGGUUCCAAAGUGUCUUCGUAUUGACAUAAACUUCCACCAAGAACUAACAUUUGGAAAAUGCAAAAGAUAAAUUCGUUUCUUUCAUCUUUCGAAUAUAAAUUAUAUUGAUCUGACUCUUCAUCCAAUAACAUCUAAGGACAUAGAUAAAAUAUUGAAAUGAAAUUUGUUAGAUAUCGUAUCACAUCUCUUCUUACCUCUCUUAAUUUGUCAGAAACAAGGAAAUCAUGAAUUUCGCUAUCAUAUCUCUUACGAAUAACACCAGAACUACUUAUUAUUCCUUUAUCUGGAUUUCGUAAUUUAUCAAAAAAAGACAUAUUUAUAACAGAACAUGGUAUUUGUUCUACGUCCACAGUUGAUGCAAUAACUCCUAGAAAAGAAAAAGAAAAAAAAUGUAUUUAAUAAUAUACAAUAAUAUCAGAAGAAGAUAUUUAAGUACUAUUUUUAUAAUAAAAUUUGAUACCUUGCUUUGUCCAUGAGUUUCCUGUUUUUGUUAAUAAAUUUUCUGCAACGACGCAAUUUUUAAAAAAGGCCUGUUAUUUAAUAGCAAAUAAUUAAUUUAUACUUAUAGAUAAUUAAGAACAAAAUACAAAUGUAAUAUUAAAAUGUUAAUAUUAUCAUUUACCUCAGUAAAAUGGUAUUUAUGAUACAAAUAAAAAGGUUCAUUGAAG